UUCUGUGGAGUUAACUAAAUCUAUCAUGACAAAAAUUCUUCAGUAUUUUCAUUUUGUUGGUUAAGACGUUAAGUUUCUUUCUCUUAGAUGACGAGACUUAUUUACCAAAUAUUGGGAAUGCAAGAGCGAUUUGAAUAUAAACAGUAAUUUCAACACGGAACAUUGAAAGUGUUACCAGGAAGUACUUCAUUGCGCAAGGAAAUUGUAAAGUGUCCUGUGGUUAUCUGUGACAGCCAAAUUGUUUGAUAUUCAGCUGUUAUAUAACUACUACAAAAAUGUUUGAUGAAGUAUUCUAUAUGAUUGAAAGUUAAAUGUGAAUCCAUUGAUCAAUUGACAUAAAGAAAUUCCAAAUACAAUAUGAGGUUCUUCCCAAGACGCUACCGUCCCUCGGUACGUACAGUGUUUCAAGAAAACUCUUCGAGCCAUUUGAACUUUAACCCGUUCCAGAAAUGUCAAUUUUACAUCCCCAAAUGCCUGAGUGCCACAUCCCCUUCAGAUAUUCUCAAUGGGGCAGAUGUAGAUGAAGUUGAGGAUUUCUCAGCUGGGUGCUGGCUUCAGGACCACCUUCAUCAGUUUGGGAAUGGAAUUACACAGCUGGUGACCACAACUUCCAGUUCACAGCUUAGCUAUUCAACUGACAGCUGGACAUGUUCUGAAAGUGAUAUUGAUAUUACCACAGAAGCCAGUGAAAAUGAAUAUAUUUCAAUGGCAGAAGAUCUUGAUGAAAAUUAUGUUGAAUAUCGUCCUCUUUUUCAAUUCCAAUCUGCUUCCAUAUCUCGUUACACAAUGGUACAAGAACCCCCUCCGUAUGGCUUUGAUGAACCACCGCCUUCUUAUGAAGAGGCAAUAAGAGGGUAUACUGAUCAAACAAGUGAGAGAACCAAUAGCUCAAACUGUCUGAGAAAUUUUGAUGUCCUUUUUUAAGAUACAUUUUUUUGUUUUGUUUUUGUAUUUUCAUUCAUUUACUGACAUUUUAUAAUCAUUUUUAUUCAUUAUAUAUAUACAAUAUUUCAUAUGCAAAAUUUAUGAAUUAGUAUCAAAUAUUACAUGUGAUAUAUAUUUCUUAUACAGUUUGACAGAAACUGAAUCAUUGUAGGACACAUAAAACAAGAUGGAUGAUAUGUGAAUGGACAGGCAUGUGAAUUGGAGAAAGCGUGGAAAAGUAGCAUGCUUGGAUGAAAGACUUCCAAGUUUGUUUAUUAAAUGACCUUGAUCAUCCAAUCUGGGGUCAAAUAUGUUUUGAGCUUAAUUCUGUUCCAUUACAAAUCAGAAGCCCUGGGUUACAGUAUUUGUACAGUAAAUACUAGGCAUGGGAUUUUCGAAUGUUUAGAAUCUGGACUGAAAAGGUCUUACUUUUAAUAUAGAAAAAAUGUGAGCGAUUCUGACUCAUUGGGUCUAUUGUUUAUACAAGGGAAACUGCAUAGUUGAUAUAUUCUAUGUAUUUAUCCCGAUUUAUAUGGUAAUGAGUCAGCUUACCCCUCCUAGAGUGAUAAAACCCCAAACAAUAUAUAUAGGUAACUUAAGUUGAUAAAACUUGGUUCAUUAUAGUUAUACAACUGAUAGAGUUAUUUUAAAGGCCUUGCCUUUUCCUGUCAGUGUAUUUACUCAGAUUUAUAUUGACAGUAUAGAUACUCAAUAUUUUAUGUACCAUAUAUGUUUGUGCCUACUCAUACAGUUGCCAUGAUGUUCAUUGUGGUAACCACCAGAUACAAGACUUUCCUCAAAAAGACCCUGACUGCUCACGUGAUGAUAAACUAAAAAAAAACACCAAACCAUUCAUGUAUUUAACAAUAUUGAUAUUAUCAUUUUUAUCAAAGUGGGAGGACUUUUGAUAUGUACAGAAGUCAACACCAGAAGACCAAGGGUCAGCAUAAUUAGUUGCAUGUUUGGGUCUGAGGAAAGAUCUAAACUUGUUUUCAAUUUCAAAAAUGUUUCAGACUUAAAAAUGACUUUUCUGAAUAUCCCACCAUUCUAAUACUGCAACUUAAUCCAGUAUAAAUGCAUUGUAACCAAGAUAUUAUUAUAUACUUUUUGUAGCUGACCAGUGCUGCAUACAAUUUUGUACCAAUACUCACAAUUGUAUUACCUGCUGAUUAAAUAUAAAAGCUACAUGAAUGAAAUUGUCCAACAAAGUCUCUAUCUCGAGUGCAGAAAAUUUGAAUGUGCAUCUUGUUUGUGUAAUCAUUUGCAACAUUUAAUAAAACCAGACGAAAAUCUUGGUAGACUAUGAUUCUCCUAUUGAGAUUACUUGGUUGGACAGAAAAUUAUCAUUCUGUCUAAUAUUAUUGUACAAUGUGUAUGUAUAACAUACAUAAAAAUGUAGUUUUUGUUUAUACAUUUCAAGUCAUAAAUUUAGACACUUACAUCAAGUGAGUAAGACAUCAGCACAAAAUAUUUCAGUGAUUUUGAAACAAUUAAAAAUUGUAAAUGAUAGAGAAAUUAUUUUAAUAUGAAAUACAAUAUGGCUUAAGAUGCUGAUUUUUAUUAGCCCACUUUAUCUGAAGUAGAAUUACAUAAAGAGAUUAUGAUUUUGAUCUAGUGUAGCAUCAAUUCUGUCCAUUUGUCUGUCAUCUUUCUGUCUAUCAACUAUUUUUCAUUAGAAAGACUUAUCCUCUUGAAUGACUAGACAAAUUUGUAUUACAAAAUCUCAGCUGAUUUAUCCUUGGGAUAAUGGCAGAAGAGGCAUGCAUACAAGUUUUGUUGUUGUGGGAUUAAUCUGAUCAGCCUUUUGGAAAGACAACAAUCUUUUUUGUACGCACCAAGCUGAUGUAGUGUUACUUCACAAGGUGAUGAGCAGAGUUACUCCCCAAGUCAUGUGUAGUGUAACUCCUCCAGGUCAUGUGUAGUGUUACUCCCCCAGGUCAUGUGUAGUGUUACUCCUCCAGGUCAUGUGUAGCAUGACUCCUCCUGGUCAUGUGUAGUGUUACUCCCCCAGGUCAUGUGUAGUGUUACUCCCCCAGGUCAUGUGUAGCAUGACUCCUCCUGGUCAUGUGUAGUGUUACUCCCCCAGGUCAUGUGUAGUGUUACACCCCAAGUCAUGUGUAGUGUUACUCCCCAAGUCAUGUGUAGUGUUACUCCCCCAGGCCAUGUGUAGUGUUACUCCCCCAGGUCAUGUGUAGUGUUACUCCCCCAGGUCAUGUGUAGUGUUACUCCCCAAGUCAUGUGUAGUGUUACUCCCCAAGUCAUGUGUAGCAUGACUCCUCCUGGUCAUGUGUAGUGUAACUCCUCCAGGUCAUGUGUAGUGUUACUCCCCAAGGUCAUGUGUAGUGUUACUCCCCAAGUCAUGUGUAGUGUUACUCCCCCAGGUCAUGUGUAGUGUUACUCCCCCAGGCCAUGUGUAGUGUUACUCCCCAAGUCAUGUGUAGUGUUACUCCCCCAGGUCAUGUGUAGUGUUACUCCCCAAGUCAUGUGUAGUGUAACUCCCCCAGGUCACAUGUGUGUUACUUUCUCAGGUCAUGUGUAGUGUAACUCCCCCAGGUCAUGUGUAGUGUUACUCCCCCAUGUCAUGUGUAGUGUUACUCCUCCAGGUCAUGUGUAGUGUUAAUCCCCAGGUCAUGUCACUCCCCCGGGUACUGGUCAAAGAUGGACUUGAAGGUAAUUAAGCAUGGGCAGGUGAUUGGGUGAUGAGGAUUAUAAUGAAACUUGGUUGGUACACUUGAUAGUCCCUUACCCAAGUUCAAUCAACAGCAAAUUUCACACACAUUUGAUAAGGCUGCCAUGUCUUGAUUGGCUGAUUUCUUUAAUUCCUCUAUGAGAAAUCUCUCUGCACAUUACCUUAUGAAGGAAUGAUAUGAUUUUGAGGAAACUUGCUUUGUAGACUUAUUACUUUAAUUUCUCAUUCAAGUUUGAUUAUCGGUAGAUUCUAUGCAUAUUUUAAGAGACUGCUGUGAUCUGAUUGGCUGAUGCCUUUUGGCACUCUAACCAAUGCCUUCUACACAUUAUUAUUUGAAGGAAAAAAUGAAUUAUGAGACUUGCUUGGUAGACUUGUUAUCUUAAUCCCUUGUUCAAGUUUGAUUAUCAGCAAAUUCUGCUCAUAUUUCAUGGGGCUGCUGUAACCUGUUUGGCUGACAUCUUUUCCAGUUUUCCAUCUUGCUCACUUUAAAUGUAUAUAGUUUACAAGUGAACAUGGGCAAGGGAUCUUGAUGACUAUGUCCUUGUUAUUAUUUGAAGUAUACCCAAAGCUGAUAGUUUGAAAGCCACUAAGGCACCCAAUAGCUUUCUAAAUUAUUGGUGAGCAUACAGGUCCUAUGGACCUCUUGAAGAGUUAAGUUUGAUAUUGAUAUCUGUUAUGAUACCCUGAAACAGGACUUUUAAGUUGUAUAUGUUGAUAUUAACAUAGAUAAUGACAACAUUUGAUAUAUCUUAUGUCUUUCCACAGCAUGUAUGAUCUAUUCUAUAGCUUUCAUUUAAGUUUUCAUGACGCCAACUCUAUAUUUUUCCUAUAUGCAAAUGUGAUAUAAAAGAAAUAUUACGAAUGUGAAAACUGAAUUAUCUGUAUUUUAACUAAAAAUGUAGCAUUGUGAUGUUUUUUACUGCUAAAGAGAAACUAGAUUUUGUUAUGUUUGAUGUGUUAUGGCUACCCAGCUAAAUAUGGUACUUAUGUUUUUAAUAAAAAAAAAAAAAAGAAUAAAUACCUAAUGUUUA